AUGCACCCUUUUCACCUCCCCUCUCAAAAUGAGAAGUUGGCACCUCUGCCCUCAAGAGGCUCAUAGUCUAGGGACCCAUUCGCAGUCAACAUCCGAAGUCACAUAAAUGCGGAGAAAAAAGGAGAAGCAGUGGACCGAGGAAGAUGUGAAAAAAAGGAAUAUGAAACUGGAAUUUGUGGAGAAGAACUAUAAUAGUUUCAUCCUGCAGAGUCUCAACAAGCAGAGAAAAAGGAGGGAAUUCUGGGACACAGUACUUAACGUAGGCCGUCACGUUUUCUUUGCCCACCGCAACGUGCUAGCUGCCGUUUCACCACUUGUGAUGGGUCUGGUCUUAUGCAAUGAAAUGAAAGCUAGAGAUGAGCUCCUCAUCACUAUCGAUGCUGGCUACCUAAGCCCUUCUACUGUGGAACGGAUACUAGACUAUUUCUACAGUGGGAAAGUGGUCAUUUCCGAAGAAAGUGUGGAGGAGAUGUUGAGGGGUGCCCAAUACUUCAACAUACUACGCCUGAAAGUCCACUGCUCCGAUUUCCUCGUAAGGACCCUGACGAAAACCAACUGCCUGCAUUACCUAAUCUUGGCCGAGGCUUUUCAUCUGAGUGAGGUCAUCGACAGCGCCUUUGUGAACAUCCGGGACAACUUCUACUACUGGGCUGGCUCGGAAGCAUCGGGGAAUUUCCUGUGCUGCCCCGCCUUCGUGUUUGGGAGGCUACUCAAAGAUGAAAAUCUGCACGUACAGAACGAGGAUCAGGCCCUUGUCUCGCUGCUUCACUGGCUGCAGUUCCGAAAAGAUCGGGAGAAAUAUUUCAUGGAGUUUUUCUCCUAUAUCAACUUAAAAGGAGUCUCAGAUAAGACUCUGCUCUUUGCCAGCAACAAAAUGCUGCUGGUAGAAAACCACGUGGAACUCCAGACCCAGAUAGAGAACAUUUUGCUCGACAGGAAGCAGGAAAAACCUCAGAGCUUGCUUCAUUUCCAAAGAAAAGGUGCCUUGUUGGAUGCUGUGAUCAUUUUAGGGGGUCAGAAAGCCCAGGGCAAAUUCAACGAUGGCGUCUAUGCCUAUAUCAUUGAGGAAGAUCUAUGGCUAAAACUCACAGAAAUGCCAUACAGAGCAGCAGCUCUGGGGGCGACUUCUAUCGGAAAGCAUAUUUACAUCUCUGGUGGAACCACGGAGCAGAUUUCGGGCUUGAAGACUGCUUGGAGGUAUGACGUGGAUGACAACUCUUGGACUAAACUGCCCGACCUGCCCAUAGGGCUGGUAUUUCACACAAUGGUGACUUGUGGGGAUUCUGUGUACUCUGUGGGAGGAAGCAUCGCUCCGAGGAAAUAUGUUUCCAACAUUUUCCGGUAUGAUGAGAGGAAAGAAAACUGGUGCCUGGCCGGGAAAAUGAGCAUCCCCAUGGAUGGGACCGCAGUGAUAACAAGGGGUGACAAAACCAUGUAUGUUGUGACGGGCAGAUGUGUGGUAAAGGGGUUCAUUUCUCGCGUAGGGGUUGUGGAUUGUUUCGACAUCAAAACUGGGAAAGUUGUGCAGUGCAUCACCUUUCCCAUUGAGUUCAACCACAGACCCCUCCUGUCUUUACAGCAGGAUAACAUUCUGAGUGUGUACAGUCACAACCAGAGUGUGGAUAUAAACCUGCAAAAAAUUAAAGCCAGCAAGUCAAUGAGCACGGUCCCUUUGCUGCCAAACGACUGUGCUCUGGAUGUCUCCCAUGCGAUGUGUUCAGUUGGGGACAACCUGGUGUUUGUUUGUGGGGGUGUCAUUUCUGUGACAGACAGCCAGGGUAAAAAUUAUAUUAUCAAUCCAAAUGCCUACCUGUUGGACCAGAAGAAGAAAGAAUGGAAGAUUCUCGCUCCACCUCCCGAAGCUCUGGAUUGUCCAGCAUGUUGCUCAGCCAAGCUGCCCUGCAAACUUCUUCAUAAGACCGAGGAUACCCCAGAGGAAAACUGAAGACACUUCUGUUUGGGGUUUUUCACAAAGAUUAAAAGGUGCCUUGAUAAGUCCUUCACUGUGCUCCACCGUCACUGGCAAAUGGAUAGAUGCCUUUCCUAGAAGAGUGAAUUAAAAUCUGAGCAGGGUAACUCCUCUUUUUGGCAUGUUUCU